AUGGCGCAGUCCGCCGCUCUCAAGCUGCCUGAGUUUUGGGAGACGUCCGCCGCAACGUGGUUUGCUCAGGCGGAGGCUCAGUUCGCCCUCCGUGGAAUUACUGACGAUGACACGCGCUAUUACCAUGUCGUCUCGGCGCUCGGGAGCUCCACGGCGACCAGGGCAGUGAGUUUCAUUACUUCUCCUCCAGCCCACGGGAAGUAUGCGGGGAUUAAAGCAUAUCUGCUGAAGAUUUUUGAACUGUCACGAUCCGAACGGGCCCGACGCCUCCUUUCUAUGCAGGGCCUGGGGGAUAGCAAGCCCUCAGAACACAUGGAGGUGAUGUUAAACCUGCUGGGCAGUGAAGAGCCAAAUUUCCUCUUUGUGGAAUUGUUUCUGCGACACAUGCCACCUCACGUGCAGACGGCUCUCGCGAAUACAGCCAUUACGGAGCCACGUGCUCUGGCGGAGGAGGCGGACCGGUUCUUCCUGGCCACCCAUCGUUUCGUCCCUGACGUGUUGGCCCCGACACGCAGCUACACCCCCCCUGCUGCGGCCGCUCUGCCUGUUAGGGGGCGCAUGGUGACUGACGGCCCGGCCAGCCCUGGGUUGUGCUACUUCCAUGCACGUUUCGGGGCCAAAGCUAAGAGAAUGCCUUUUGGCCUGAAGAACGCAGCCCAGUCGUUCCAGCGGCUAAUGGACUCGGCACUCAGGGACAUGCCUUUCAUCUUCGUCUACUUGGACGAUGUCCUCGUCGCCAGCUCCUCGGAGGAGGAGCACCUGACACAUCUCCGAGUUCUUUUUACACGGCUCGACCAGCACGGGCUGAUCAUUAACCCGGCUAAGUGUGUUUUUGGGGUGCCGUCCAUAAAGUUCCUCGGGCAUCUCAUCACCAGUGAGGGGGCUGCCCCCCUCCCUUCGAAGGUGGACGCCGUUUCCACUUUUCCACGCCCACGCUCGGCCCGGGGGCUCCGUGAGUUCCUCGGUAUGGUUACCUUCUACCAUCGGUUCAUUCGACAAGCGGCUCACGUAAUGCGCCCGCUCUACGAGGCCCUUAAGGGUACGACCCCCAACCAGGACGUUGUCUGGACCGCGGAGGCGGACCAGGCCUUCGAGGACACAAAAGUUGCGUUGUGCCAGGCCACUAUGUUGGUCCACCCGUCACCUGGGGCCCCGGUUGCCCUCACUACUGACGCGUCCGACUAUGCCGUGGGUGCCGUGUUCGAGCAGUGGGUCGAGGGUACCUGGCAACCGCUCGCCUUUUUCAGCCGCCAGCUUGUCCCCAGGGAGCGUAAAUACAGCACCUUUGACAGAGAGCUGCUCGCUGUUUGGUUGGCAAUCCGCAACUUCCGCUUCGUCCUGGAGGGCCGUGAGUUUACGCAGCGCCAGCUGGCGUUCAUCUCGGAGUAUACCACGGACAUACGACACAUUGCCGGCAAAUCCAAUGUGGUUGCGGAUUGUCUUUCCAGGGCGGUCGUUGGUGCGGUCCAGCUCGGACUAGACUACGCGCGUAUGGGUGCAAACCAGGCCGCAGACCGCACCCUUCAGUCCCUCAAGGACUCGGACACUGGACUGCAGCUGGGAAAGGUCGCGGUCGGCGCUUCUGGGGUCAGGUUGUGGUGUGACCUCUCUACUGGCCAGCCCAGGCCUCUGGUCCCCGCCAGCUGGCAGCGGUCUGUUUUUGAGCCUAUACACGGCCUGUCCCAUCCUGGCAGAAAGGCAUCUGUUAGGCUUGUAUCGCAAAAGUUUGUCUGGAGAGGACUCAAGAAGGAUGUGCGGGCCUGGGUUGAUUCUUGUGUGGCCUGUCAGCGUGCUAAGGUGCACCGCCAUACCAAGGCCCCGUUAGAACCUUUUGUUGUUCCGGAGAGGAGGUUUGACCACGUUAACAUCGACCUGGUGGGGCCGCUUCCCCCUUCACGUGGUUUCACUUACCUCCUCACGAUGGUAGACAGGACGACGCGCUGGCCUGAGGCUGUUCCCCUCGCCUCUAUCACGGCUGCCGAUGUGGCUCGGGCGUUCAUUGGCACGUGGGUUUCGCGUUUCGGUACGCCCUCUGAUCUAUCCUCUGACCGGGGUGCGCAGUUUACCUCGGAGGUCUGGAACGCUGUGGCGGGGGGUUUGGGUGUCAAGUUGCACCGCACCACCGCAUACCACCCCCAGGCUAACGGACUGUGUGAACGUUUCCACCGCUCUAUGAAGGCUGCCCUUCGGGCAAGCCUGACAGACGGCAACUGGGUUGACAAACUGCCCUGGGUCAUGCUUGGCCUUAGGACCGCCCCCAAGGAGGAUCUGCAGUCCUCGUCUGCCGAGCUUGUUUACGGCCAGGCUUUGCGGGUGCCUGGGGAUUUUAUACCGGAUGCUAUGAGACCUUGGUCUGCUACCGAACAGCGGUCCUCCCUGCGGGAGGUGGCCACGGGGUUUGUGCCUGUUCAUACGUCGCAGCACUGCUCCCCUGAGUCCCGGAUGCCCGCUGGCCUCCGCUCUGCGUCGUUUGUUUUCGUCCGCCACGACGCCCACCGUGGACCGCUGCGUCCCCCUUACGACGGCCCGUUUAGGGUUUUGCAGCAUGGGGACAAGAGCCUGGUCGUGGACAUUGGGGGUAGACCUGAAACUAUUUCCGUUGAUAGGAUCAAGCCUGCUCAUGUGGACAUUUCCAGACCGUUGGUGUUGGCCCAGGCCCCACGCCGCGGACGCCCCCCAGUACUUUGUUCCCCUGGUCAGUCGGGAGUUCCUUCGACCGGGACGGUGCCGGCUGCGUCCCCCGCUUCCCUCCCCUCAGCCCCUGCCACUUGUACUCGGAGUGGGCGGGCCAUCAUUCCAUUCCGGAGUGGGAAUUUUGACUAUGGUUGA